GUUCAACUAUAUUGUAUCUAACAUGACGUACGGUUGGGCCUUAAGUGAGUGACUCUAAGAAAAUCAAAAUGGCGGAUUCGAAAGAGUUGAUAAAACCUCGUCGUAAACGUCGGCGGUUCACGAGGCCAGAAUACCCCUUUCCAGUACCAGAACAAUGCAGUAAGGUUGAGGAUAAAUGGUACUAUUAUCAGGGGUUUCUACGAGAUAAUUGUGUUACUGUUGAAAACAUUGGUGAUCUUACAUUGCUUUACAAAAUGGGCUUCUUUGGCAAAGGUAUUCUAUCAAGAAGUAAACCAGAGCAUGAGAAGAUUUCAAAUGUUUCUCAACUUGCAUUUUCAAAUUCCGACAGACUUCGACGACUUCCACCAAAUGAAAGACGAAUUCGUCAGUCAAAGUUUCGCAAGUGUAGAAAAGAAAGAUUUUUACAGCAUAUGAAAUGGAGCAAAAUGUGUCAUUCAUCUGACGAGAAGGAAGUCUUGGAUUCGAAAUUAGAGAACCAGUCUUCUGACGAAGAUACAGAACAGGGGAUUGAGGAGGAUAGCAGUGAACGUCAGGGAGCAGGAAUAGAUAACGAUGAUUAUGUUAGAAUAGAUGAUGUUCUUCAAGAGUUGGUUAACAAAGACGUAAAGCAGCCCAAGGAUUCCGAAAAUCCGGGAAAACCGGAUAAGCCUGAUCCUUACAAGAUUUACGAGUUUCUUCAGCUCACGUUUGAAGAAGCAUUCUUUCUAAGCUUUGGUCUGGGUUGUCUUUCUGUUAUCACAACUGCUGAAGAGAAACUGUCGCUUUCAACAAUGUGGUCGGAGUUCAGUAGAAGAAACGUUGAUUUUGUCAGAAACUACAUCGCGUAUCAUUACUACCGCAGCAAAGGCUGGGUUCCACAGGCCGGCCUGAAAUAUGGAACGGAUCUUGUUCUGUACAAGAAAGGGAUGCCGUUCUUCCACUCCAGCUACGCGGUGGUAACAACGAUGGUGAACGAAAAAGGCGAUCACCUUGAAUCUGAGAUGAAUAUUUCCAGUGGCGGGAAAUGGACUUGGAAGAAUUUGAUAUCUUUGAACCGUUUAAAUGAGCAUGUUGCUAAGGAAGUGUUGCUGUUCUCCGUGACCAUUCCCACAGGAACAACGGCCAAAGAAUUGGAGCACCCAAGCAUUGUUAAGAACUGCAAAGUACAGGAGCUGGUAAUGCGACGUUGGAUCCCGAAGCGUGAACGAGAAAGGUCCUCGGCUGUUGGUCGUGGCUGGACGGUGUAACUUGAGGAUUAUGGUUGAUAAAAGAGGACAGGUUGAAAUUGUGUUGGAUUAAUCCUGCAUUACUAAAAUCCUUGCUUUAGGAGAGAACACUAUGACCGUUUUCUCCGUAUCCCUUCCCAAAGGGGGAAUGAGAAAUACAAUGUAGCUACAUCCCCUGAAAUGUACCUUUGCAUCCUGCCAUUGAAUCAAGAUGUUGAGACAAUAUGAAGUUUUGACGCGACAAUUUUUCUCUGGGUCAAUUCACUGCGGGCGCAGAAAAUUGUAACACAUAAAAAACGUAAAUA